UUUUUAAGAAAAAUAAAAGUUUAUUGAAAUUGUAUGAAAUUUUCAAUUUCUCUCACAAUUUAUAUCGCAUUUGCGUGACAAUAUCUUUUUUUUUGUUUUGAUUCGCAAUCCAUGAAAUUAAAAAAUUUUUCAUAUAACAAAUAACUUGUAAGAGAACCGGUUCAGGAUUAUAUGCUGGUGUGAAAAGAGUCACUGUUGCUGACAGCGCAAGAAAGGAAGGGCAAUUUGAUUCCACUCCCUCUCUUUUCUCGAUGAUUGCAUUACAGAACAGUCGACAUAGUGACUCGUCGACGUUAUGUACGACUAAUAGACGUUAAGUAUGAAAAAUUCUUAGUCAUACAUUAUUAAUCCCAAGAGUGUCUGUCGCUAAUCCAUACGUAACGUAUCUACGUGGCGAUAGCAAAGUAUGAAUAUAUGUAAUGCAUAUCGCGAGUGUAAAGUAUUUAGUGAAGAGGACCUAGAAUUCCUUUUAAAGAUCAUACAAAACUAUAGUUUCAUCUGCUUCAUGUAGUGCGAUGAUUAUUCAAGCAACGUUUCUCGUGGCAUGAUGCAAACGUGCUCUUUUUAUAUAUUAAAUAUUGCAUUAGUGUACAAUAGUGUAACCGGGAGAAAACCUUAAAUAGGAAGCGGAUGUCCGGACGUACUUUUAUCAUAGACGCAACUCAAUAGGCUCAAAAGACCAACCCAAGAUUCAUAUUUCACUGAACAGAUAAUAAAAUGGAUCUUAAAGAGGAUUUACUGCAGGAGCGCUUACUGAAUAUCUAUGAGCCUACUCAAAACAGCAUGGAAGUUAUUCACAAGCUACUGUUUGACGCUUUACGGUUUAAGAACUUCCGUUCUUUUAAACAUAUUAUAGAACAAAAUUUAAAAAAACAGCCGCCAAUUCUGGAUGUUAACUAUGUAUAUCCGAAUACAGAAGAAACGUGCCUUGAUAUAGCUAGCAGAAAUGGCCUGACAGAGUUUGUGGAGUUUUUAUUGCGUCAAGGUGCAAAACCUAACAGAGUAAACGAAUUGCAAAAUCGUGCUCCUAUCCAUUUCGCCACAGAAGGUGGACAUGUGGACACGUUAGCAGUUUUAUUGGCAGAACCGACAAUAAAUCCAAAUCUCGAGGCAGGACGACAGACUGCCCUGCAUAUUGCGGUGAGAAGAAACGACCUGAUGUGUGCAGAUCUAUUGUUGAAGAAAGGUGCCAGCAUCAAUAUUCCAAAUAGCAAAGGUAUGACAGCUCUACAUUUGGCAGCGAUAAAAAGCAAGCGGGACAUGGUGAAAUUGAUAUUGGAAAAAACCCAGCAACGUCCAGACAUUGACACUUAUAGAGAUUACAAUGACUGGACGACACGAGAGGUGAUUCAGCAGAAGCUGCCGGAUAUAAUAUUACCUCCUAAAUAUGAAAAUCGCGAGAUAAACGGACACGAUCUCAAAUAUUACCUGAUCGCCAACGAUGAGACAAAUUUCUUGAAAAGUAUGGAACUCGUCAAAAUAGAGAUUCUUGAUAGUGUAGCAGAAGAACUGUUGGAGAUGAGUGCACAACGAGGUUUCCACAAAGUUGCAAUUGGAAUCCUGGAAAAACUUAAGGGAAGACAAAUCAGCGUGAAGAAAGCUGCGCAAGCAGCUAUUCAGCAGAGUGAUUAUACUAUUCUUCAAGUACUGCUGAAAAUAGAACCAAAUGUGGCUAAUGAUUUGAUUCUGAGUGCUUGUCAAGAGCUAGGAAUGCCAGGAAAACGAGGAGUUGAUAGUAUGCCCGAUCAACUAGAAUGUCUGAAGUUGAUUCUGGAACAAGAAAACGUAAAUGUUCGUUGUAGUGAUAAUAAAGGCAACACUCCGCUACAUUAUGCAGCCAGUGCUGGCUGUCAAGAGGCGGUGAUUUUACUUCUUCAUCGAGGCAGCUACAUCGGUUAUAUGAACAAGUUUAACAUACCGCCUAUCGCAGAUAUUUCGGCACAUACGCUGUCACGCUACUUCGAUGACUGUUUGCAGACACGAAAAGAUCAUACGAACGAGUGCACAAUUGAAUUUAAUUAUCACUGUUUGAUGCCGCAUGAUGUUCUCACAGAACGCGAUAAAAUUCUCCGGACAACUCGCGAAAUGGAAGUGUUCAAAUACAUCGCCGACAACAGUGGCCUCAAACAUUUGCUAAAACAUCCGUUGCUCUCUUCUUUUCUCUAUCUUAAAUGGCAUAGAAUACGAUACAUUUUAUAUGCAAAUUUUGUUUUUUACGUAAUUUUUUAUCUUCUAUUAAACGCUUGCAUCUUGAACAUGACUUAUGAUAUUCGAAAAGAAAAUGAGACACAAAUUGCUAAUGGAUCUGACAUGGCUUUAAAAAGUACUUUACGAAUUACUUGGUAUCAGAACAGCUCCCUAUGGGCCUUUACCACUGUGAUGUUACUGCUCUUCAUCCUCCGAGAGAUUUUCCAACUUAUGUCCUGCGUUAAGCGUUAUAUAACGAGCUUAAGAAACUGGUUGGAAAUCAUGUUGAUUACUUUUACCGUUGCCUUGCUGUGCGGCGCGGGACUUCAAGUCGGUGCCGUGGUAAUCCUGCUGUCGGCUUGCGAGCUGGUGAUCUUAAUCAGCCAGCAUCCACGUUUGUCCACCGGCAUUGAAAUGUUUCGGACUGUUUCUCUGAAUUUUAUACGCUUUUUGUUUCCCUAUCUGUUCCUUAUCUUCGCAUUUGCUCUAGCCUUCUACACGCUCUUCAAAGACGGUAAUGACACAAACUUUCCCGAUCCCGGUCUUUCACUCUUCAAAACUGUCAUCAUGCUUACUGGCGAAUUUGACGCUAACGACAUUCCGUUCAUUUCGCAUCCUAUCUGGAGCCACAUUGUGUUUAUAUUAUUCGUUUUCUUCAUCGCUAUCGUACUGUUUAAUUUGCUCAAUGGUUUGGCAGUCAGCGACACUGCUGAGAUUUUGUCUAAGGCCGAGUUGGUUGGACUUGUCUCUCGAAUACGUUUGGUUGCUUACCUCGAGCAUAUAGCGGUUGAUCAGCCCUUCAGGCAUUGCUUCUGCUGCAAUUUGCAAUGGAAUCCUUUCAGUUUUCUUGUUAAAAGAAUUCUUUUGUUUCCCAAUUUUCUAAAAAAUGGUAAGAUUGUUAUCAAGCUAUACGAUAACUUGGAUGCUUAUGAUAACGAUAGAUACUAUGAUAGAUACGUUCGCAGUGAAUCUAUAAAGCGCGACAAACAGUGGAGUACUUUGAAAAUGGAUCCAGGUAUAAUUAAGCAAGCCAAGCAUAUUAUCUACAAUAAGAAUCAAUUAACGGAUAAUGAAAAGAUUAUGGCAGUAUUAGACAAAUUACACGAAAAAUUGACAGCGAUAGAAAUUACUUUGAAAACUACGAAGUUUGCAAUCAAGAAUAAUGAUAUCGAUAAUACGAUAAAAUCUGUAUAAAAAAAGAAUUAAUAUAAGAAAUACUACUUUAAGUAUUAUUAUUACAAUUUAUUCUUUAUAUUCUAUUGUCUAAAACUUAAUUUUAAUUUAUAUAUAGUAUGUACUAAAUGAAAAUAGUUUGAAAUAAUCUGUUUUUGGAUUAAUACAUUUAAGUAAUUUGUCUUCUACGUCACGCAAAUUACGUAUUUGCGUACAAGACACGGAUCAGUCUCGCGCUGCGCGUUUUGGCACGAGACAGUACUGUGUCUCUUGAUUAAUUUCAUAUAAAUAUAAAUUAAUGUAAAUGUCAAAACAUGUAUGUAUAUUAAUAGUCAUUACUUACAUAAUUUUAUUUCAAUAAUAUUAUAUGUAUAUAAAUGUUAUGAAAGCCGCUUGAAUGACAAAUUGGCGUGUAUGUAUACAUUGAGUUUGCUUUAUAAGUAAGCUUUUUCGCGUAAGAAAUCUCAAGAUCUAAAUAUUGAGUGUAUACAUUUUAAUUGAAUUGGUCGCAAUCAAAAGCUAACAUUAAUAUUAUAUAAGAAAAUUAUCAUUAUAUUUUUAAUUAUAAUUUUAUAAUCAUUUCUAAGAUAUUUUAAGUUUAUUUGACAUAUGAUUUCUGGAUAAGCUUAAGUAGCGCCACGAUACUUUUGCAAUAAAGUUUGGGUCAUACACGGCUCGACUUCUGUCGUGUACUUGAUGACUGAUCACGCUGCUAUCGCUUGAUUAUCUUACUUUUGAUAUUUUGGAUAUCUAUAAAUAAAAUUUCAAUAUUACUAAAUUGAACGUUAUCAAUGAAUAUCUGUCUUAUCACUGAGCUUAUCUGGAGUUAAGUAUAAAAUUGUGUAUUGCUUUAUAAUCUUAUUUCUUUGAACAUGGAAGCGCGGAGUAUAUAUCAGUGCGCUGGAAAAAAUCGUAUAUUUUAUUUAUUCUAAAAUAAUUGUAUAUAUUUUAAGUGUGUUUAUUUGUACUUGAAUUAUUUGUGCGUGUUUCGACAAAUUCCUUACUGGUUAGACUACAUUAUGACUUUAUUUUAAUUUAUUUUAUCCGAUUUGUAAGUAUAAGACUGAAAUUAUUGUAACUCUAAUCCCUAUCAACUCUAAUCCCUCCAAUGUUUUUUCUACACCUUAAUUCCUCCAACUAAAAUAUUUCAUGUCCAGUGCGUUUUCACCGUGUUAAUAGCUUCGAAAAAAAUUUUUUUUAAUGUUUAUAAUUUCUUUAUAUCUUCGAUUAAAAAUUAAUGUGAAGAAAAUUUUGAAAAUAUUUGUUUAAAUAUUUUUUAUACCAAUUAUUUGUUAAAAAACACAUUACCACUAACGAUUGUUAGAAAUUGGGGGACAUGAAUGACCCUGGUUAGAGAAAGUAGAGUUAAUUAUAAUAUGUAUAACAGUUGUGCUUUAUAUUAAAAAAUAAUGUAUUAAUUAUCCUUUAUAUUUUCAGAAUCGUACAAAAUAAGUUCCAAAGUUACAUUAAAAAAAUAAUGGAAAUAGCUGGCAAAUAUUAGGAUAAAUGGUAAGACAAAUACAGAGUAAAAAAUUAAUAAAAAAAGAAAAAUAAAUAAUUCAAGAGGCAGAUAUAAAAGAAACAAUUAAAAUUAAAUAAUUAAGAGAUAUCUUUAAAAGACAGAAAGAAAUCCACGAAUUCAGAGUAGAUAGAAAAACAAAUAAGAAAAAUACAAUUUAUGAAAAAGUAAUAGUGUGUUUUGUAUACAAAUUAUCUCAUUAUUCUGUGUUCUCAAUUAUAUUAUUAUAUAUUGUUAAUGUUAAUAUAUUACAUUUUACACAUCUUAUCUAUUAUUUCUAAGUCUCUAUGUUUUAUAUUAUAAAUGUAUUUACAAGAAUACAAUUAAUGCGACCAAGACA